GGCUACUACUAACCACAAAGUUAGGAGAAAAGGAUUGGUUCAACAACAGAUUCUAAUAUGGAUUUAUUGCUCAAGGAGUAUUAUAACAAGACACUUGCCAUGGAGAACAAUACUGGUGCCACUCGGAAUUCUGAUUUCCCAGUCUGGGAUGAUUAUAGAAGCAGUGUAGAUGACUUACAGUACUUCCUGAUUGGGCUCUAUACAUUUGUAAGUCUUCUGGGUUUUAUGGGGAAUCUACUGAUUUUAAUGGCUGUCAUGAAAAAGCGUAAUCAGAAGACUACAGUCAACUUCCUCAUAGGGAACUUGGCCUUCUCUGAUAUCUUGGUUGUGUUGUUUUGCUCACCUUUCACCCUGACCUCUGUCUUGCUGGAUCAGUGGAUGUUUGGCAAAGUCAUGUGUUAUAUUAUGCCUUUUCUUCAAUGUGUGUCAGUUCUGGUUUCAACUUUAAUUUUAAUAUCAAUUGCCAUUGUCAGAUAUCAUAUGAUAAAGCAUCCCAUAUCUAACAAUUUAACAGCAAACCAUGGCUACUUCUUGAUAGCUACUGUCUGGACACUAGGUUUUGCGAUCUGUUCUCCCCUUCCAGUAUUCCACAGUCUUGUGGAACUUCAGGAAACAUUUGGUUCAGCCUUGCUGAGCAGCAGGUAUUUAUGUGUUGAGUCAUGGCCAUCUGAUUCGUACAGAAUUGCUUUUACUAUCUCUCUAUUGCUAGUGCAGUACAUUCUUCCCUUAGUUUGUCUAACUGUAAGUCAUACCAGUGUCUGUAGGAGUGUAAGUUGUGGAUUAUCCAAUAAAGAAAACAGACUAGAAGAAAAUGAGAUGAUCAACUUAACCCUUCAUCCUUCCAAAAAGAGUGGAAAUCAGGUGAAACUCUCCAGCAGCCGUAAGUGGAGUUAUUCAUUCAUCAGAAAAUACAGAAGAAGAUAUAGCAAGAAGACAGCAUGUGUAUUACCUGCUCCAGCAAGACCUUCCCAGGAGAACCAUUCACGAGCACUUCCAGAAAAUUUUGGCUCUGUGAGAAGUCAGCUCUCUUCAUCCAGUAAGUUCAUACCUGCGGUCCCAACCUGCUUUGAGCUGAAACCUGAAGAAAACUCAGAUGUUCGUGAAAUGAGAGUAAAACGUUCGGUCAUGAGACUAAAAAAGAGAUCUCGAAGUGUUUUCUACAGACUGACCAUAUUGAUAUUAGUGUUUGCUGUGAGUUGGAUGCCCCUACACCUUUUCCAUGUGGUAACUGAUUUCAAUGACAACCUUAUUUCCAACAGGCAUUUCAAGUUAGUGUAUUGUGUUUGUCAUUUGCUAGGCAUGAUGUCCUGUUGUCUUAAUCCAAUUCUAUAUGGAUUUCUUAAUAAUGGGAUCAAAGCUGACUUAAUGUCUCUUAUACACUGUCUUCAUAUGUCAUAAUUCUCACUGUUAACCAUUGACAGAAUAAAUGUUGAGGUCAUCUAAAAUAGAUCCAUGGUAAUGGUGUAAGCAUAACUGUAAUUUUGUUAAUAUGUGGAAUUUAAUUUAUGUGAAAGAAUUCUAGGUUUGAAUGCUAGUUUGUAGUGUAUGGAAGAUAAUUUUAAUGUGUUAUAAUUAAUUCAUUUAGUUAUACAGAGCUAGUGUUAAUCCAAUCUGUAAUUUCAUUUUUUAAAGUAUUUAUAUUACCUUCCAUUUCAUGUUAUCUGUAAAUAAAUGGUAUU